AUGGUUCCCUCCGUUAUCAAACACGAAAUUGGCAAAAGCUUCAGGUUCGAAAUAUCCGGCUUCCAAAAAGGAGAUGGUUCUGUCCAGACUGUCCAUGUGCAUCCCCUCGACCGCGCACGCAAGCCCUGCGAGAAGCCAGGCGACAAACCUGCUUUCCUGGCAAUGGAAGGCGAGAAAAAGACGCGGAAAGAGAUUUGGCGAGCCCGUUCCGACAAAACCGAUACCCUCAUUGCGGAACUAGCACUCAGCACCAACCGCAAGAACCGCGGUACGAUUACCUACCUUGCCAACCAAAGUUGCACAAAACACGAGAAACACUACCCUAUUACUAUUCGUGAGGACCGAGAUUGGAAAUCCUGCAGCUUUUUCAUUGACGUUCCGAAGGCCGGGUCGUCUGGAGGAUCAUCGAGAGAAACUGUCAGAAAAGAAUACAUGUGGCGUCGACAGUUUGAUGGUUUGGGUAGCUGUGAACUCUUUCACAAAGAAGCGAUUAGGACAUAUACAGCAGCUGGCAAGCCACCUAAUGUGUCAGACAAAAAAACGUCUCUUGGAAAGUUCGACAGAGAUCACAUGUUCUUCCUGAAGGAUUUUGACCGGGAAUUCGUUCAAGUAGCGUGUUUGGCUUUAGCGGCGAUUCUCAAGUCUUGA